UUCUGAAUUAUACACUUCGAGUUAGGAAAUUUUUUUUAUUCUUUUUGGGUUUAAUGCGUAUAACGAAAUUUGCAGCUAUCGAUAUAAAACCCGCUUUCCAGUGCUGUACAACCAAAACUGUUCCCGACCAAAAUAAUAACAAAAAACGCGGAAUUCUCUUGCUUAAAUUUACACAAAACACCGAGUAGCUUAAAAUAUUAAAAAGUAUAGUAACAUAUACUCAUUAUGGAAGGUAGUGGCGUUGGUAAGCUGACGGAAGAAUCUCUAAAACGUAAGGAGCGUCUUUUAAAACUCCGGGAACAAGCGCAGAAUAAAGGAGGAGACCCUUCCGAAUCCAUCGAAAAAUUACCAAAGCCAGUGUUCCGCAGCUAUAAGCCCCAAAAUGAAAACACUGUUGGCGAAGUUCUUGCCCAGGAACCCACGGGAAACAUUGAAUCCGCUGUGGGCGAUCAAAUAAAUCUGCUUCAGCAGCCCAUGGUAAUCGACGAGAUUGACAUCAGCAAUCUGGCACCUCGUAAGCCCGAUUGGGACCUUAAGCGGGAUGCCAGCAAGAAGUUGGAGCGAUUAGAACGACGUACCCAAAAGGCCAUUGCAGAGCUCAUCCGAGAACGACUGAAACUGAACCAAAUCGAGGACAUCAGUCAGGCGGUAAAUGUGGCCACAGCCCAUGCAGGUGAAAGCGUACAGGAGGAUUAUGACUAGAGCCAGACAAUAAAACUAACUUUAAUAUAUUGAACAAAACGAGAAAUGCACUAACACUAAGCUAAGUUAAUGGCGAUUUUCCUUGCCAGUGGGUAUGGAUAAUCGAUCUUUGAGGAUUAGGAUCUCUGGAAUUAAAAAGUAUAAGUGGGAAA